AUGCCUGAUUCGGCAAAACCAGAUCAAAAAGUCAAGCCAACUCUGCAAGAAAAAGAGACUACCCCCGCGGCAGUCGCCACAGCCGCUACCACUUACACACGUCCAAGCCGCCUCAAAGGAAAAACCAACAACACCAGCAGCAGCACCAACAUGCCCGAGACCGCCGGCUCGCGGAACAAAGGGAAGCAGCCCAUGUCGCAGCGGGUGAACGAAGACUUGAUGGAUCUCGUCGAGUGCGGCUCUUGGUCCGCAGAUAUUCCCGAUGCGCCGUAUGAGUCCGUGAGGUACGAUCCGACGCUGUAUGAGUAUGAGCCGGAGACGGAGCCGUCGGGCGCAGGCAAAGCGCCCGAGGAGGUGACAGGCCAGCCCCGAAAGAUUGCAAAGUGCAAGAAACGCACGGCAUUCUAG